AUGGCACACUCCGUUGCUCGCAGCCUCGCCAUACAGUCGCGUGCGCUGUGGUCUGUGUCGACCAGAUUCGCACCGAGUGUGUGCUGCUUCUCCACGACGAGCUGUCAGGACACUUGGGUAGUUAAAGUACAGCGUCCGUAUGACUUCCGAGACCCCGAUUAUCCGAAACGGCGUAAAGCCGAUCAUCUGCACAUGGUGUACGAUGUCAUUGAGAAUACCCACGAUCCUGCGCAUCCGCCGCGGAAGAUCGACGUCAUGCUCACCGGCGACGUGCCAGAGCUUGGCAGAGUGGGUGAUAUUGUAUCCGUGACCAGUGAGCAGUUUCGACGAUUUUUAUUCCCGGAGAAAAACGCGGUCUAUGCUACGCCGGAAGCGCGAGCCAAGUUUGAAGAAAGAAAGAAAGCGGCGAAAGCGGAUCCGAGUUUGGAGUCGAGUUCCCCACCGCCCGACUAG